AUGGCGCCCACCAAAAUCGGAAAGAAUGUACCCUCGGCGCACAGCAGCGGCGAUAACUCAGCGCCGCUCGCCGAUUACUUCUUCAUUUGCGGCAUAGAGGCUUCGCAGAUAUACGACGAGAAGGCAGCUCUGGCGCAGGCUGCGCGUGCGGAGCAGACCAUCGACGAGGAUAAGGAAUUGGAGACUCCGCGAUCGCCAUCACCUAGCACUCCCGCAGAGGCAUCACCGAGGACAUCACGGUAUAGCUUCGAAGCAAGGAAAAGCGCUGGGAGCUUGACGUUUGCGGUUGAGCCGCCUACACCCACGACAGCAAGCAAUCGAAGUAGUACCACAAUCAAGGGCGCGAAGCCAGAUACUCCUACCCUGAGCGACGAUGCAUUCGAAGAAGCGUUGAGGAAGUUCACGUCCGAACGAGAUAGUUUUCUCGAUGAUAUCCAUGUCAGUGCUGGCACUGUCACCUCAUCAACACGACGUGCGCGGCCAAAAACCGCGCGCAUCACACAAGACGAGACCUCUCUCAAGAACGGUCUAGGGAGCUUGCGGCGAAGACUGUCUACGAUGAAUAGUCUGAAACGACCAUCCUCAGUACUCAGCCGAGCCUCCACACGGACGUCUCGACGAAUCAGCAAUUAUAAUGCAGUAACGCCAGCCCCACAGCCGUUCCAGGUAGAGCCGGGAAUGCAUCCCUUGAAGAGGCGAUACGAGCCUGUCCUUCUGGACCGUUACCCUCCGAAACCGAUGAAUGACGAACUCAAACGACGAACGCCAUUCCCCGACUUCGUGCCCAUGUUCACAUUUCCCAAUGAUGUAAAUGUCGUCUCUUCCGAUGAACGACCGAGAUCCGUCUGGCAUGGAUUUGCUAUGACCGGAGCGGAUUCGAGGAAGUUAUACGGCAUUGUUGUGACCGUCUGGAUACCCCUGAACAACGCUGCUUCGGACGCCCUGGAACGACAAUGUGAGGAAUGGCGAAAGGCGAACAUGAGCAACGAGGAACGCGAACUGGCGGCUAGCCUGGGCGAGAGAUUAUCGACAGAACGCGCUAGGCUAAGCAGGCUUCUCGCGCGCCUUCCUAGUAUGCCAUCUGGGAGCGAUGCGCGCGAGCGACUCGAAGAUGAGAUCAGUGCAGUCGAAGAGAAGAUUGGCUUGAUGGCGGAUCUCCUGCGACCUGUUCGCCACGGCGCCGCCACCAUGAUCGAAGGUUUGACAGAAGGAGAGACUGGAUUUUGGGUUCCUCGAGCGUACGGGAUUCUGGGCCGCGAUGGCAGUUUGACCAGCUUCUGGAAGGAAUGGCUCAAAGCAAUCGUCGUGCCGAUGACCAACGGCUCGAUUCUUCGCGUCCCAGCCAGCUCUCCAAAAGUCGGCUUCUGGCAGCCAUUGGAGCGCUAUGUGUGCAAUUUGUGCAUGGAAGCUCCUAGCCCGAUUACAUCAAUGACACAAGUCGAAGUCAGCGUCCGAGAGCUUCGACUAUACGCGCGAAGAGAGGCGAUCAAUGAGAUCCCUGGCAGUCGAAAUACCGACCUUUAUGCGUUGUUCCGCUGCUUGACGAUACCGAACAUUAUCAUUCUCUUCGAGUAUGCUCUCUCCGAAUCUCGCGUCAUCUUCCUCUCCUCACAUACCGCAAUGCUUCACCUGGCCUGCUCCGCACUCACAAGUCUACUGUUCCCACUCCAAUGGACGGGAAUCAUGAUCCCAGUACUUCCUGCCCGUCUGUUGACAACGCUAGAAGCGCCUUGUCCAUAUAUUGCAGGCGUAGAGCGGCGAUUCGAAAAGCUUGAACUUCCAGAUGAUGACUUCUGUUUGGUUGAUCUUGAUGAAAAUACGAUCGAGAGCACUGGACCGCCAGUUACAUUACCACGACCGCAAAGGAGGAAACUGAUGGCACUACUGCAGGCAGCAGCGCCUCAUCAUCUCCAGUUUGGCGUACCGAUCGGACCUCCGCAAUAUGCAGUUGAGACGUUUCCUUUCGACAGCUUCUCAUCCGAAAGCCCGCAAGUAUUCUCGUCCAAGCCAGAGACGUCAACGUUAUCGAACUACGUUAGCGAAAGCUCCACCACCUUUGGACAGGCGUCAAACAGGCCUUACUCCAAGACGACCGUCUUCAACGCGUUCCUACAGCAUCGACCAGAGGGGAAUCGGACAGGCGAGAGACCAUCCACAAGCUCAACAGGAACGAGGAGCCACUCCUCGACAGCAUCUCCGCCAUCACCCGUCUCGACCACCUUCCCAUCUACACCUGCGUCAAGAAACGACUCCGGCCUUGCUCUGCAAAGUUCUCUGCGAGAAAAGCGUUCCGGUCAACUGAGCGAAGGCAGUCGCCGUAACUCGGGUAUUGCCCACCUUGCCAAACUCCGCGACCCUUUCUCUGCCCCAGAAACGCCACGAGCCGUCAACAACCGUCGACCGAGCGUCGGCGCCUUCACCGGGAAUGCCUUUAGUCACCAUCCAAGCUACUCGACGUCAACGCUGCCGAACAUGUCCGCGAAUUAUGCCCCGAGCGUGUACGCACAAAGCACACUUGCGGCAAGCACUAUCAUGCAGCCGACCACCAUCCAGCCGGUCCGUGAUACCGAGGCCACGCACUGGGUGGAAGGCCAUUGUCUUCAAAGACAGAAGAGUGAUAUGAAAGGCCAUUGUGCGCUAUGCGAUGAGCGAUGCGAUGAGGAUGUGUUUAAGUGUAGUGGCUGCUCAAUAAUCGUCCACGGUCGCUGCUCACACACCAUCUCGCUUGUCUGCCCAGUCGCCUUCCGCGCUGAUCAGGUCCGCGCCGCUUUCAUUCGCUGCUUCGCCUCCCUUUUCUACACCUACCGACGCUUCAUGGCGCCCGCAACCGCUGACGGCAAGAAAGCCGGCAUGAAGUAUCAAUUCAACAUGGAUGCCUUUCUCAAAUCCGUCCCGCACGGCGACAGCGAAUACAUGGCCAUGCUCCGACAGACGCAGUCCUUCAACGAAUUCAUCCACGAACGCGAACGCGACUCAACCCAACCCCCCGAUCUAUCCUCCUCCGCAUCCAACAACACCAGUACCAGCAGCAACGGGACCCAACAGACUAGACCUUCCCACCCUCUCACCACCACAACCAGCGACGACCCUGCAAUCAAACUCUUCGACGAAGUCAUCCUCUCCAAACGCAACCGCGGCCGCUCCAACCUGUUCAAAAAAUCCCACACCACAGAUUUCCUCUCCGACAAAUCCGACCAUCUCUGGCACACCGCCGCCGCCACCCCGCCCUCCACCAGCCGGACCUUCCCCAUCAUCUCCACCACCAAUGGCUCAUCCUCCGCAGGAGGAGGUGCUGCGGCCAACUCAACUUAUGGCAAUGGCGAAUUUUCCUCCUCAUCCUCGACCACGGCCCGUUGUCCGGCGAAAUUGGACACCACCCUCAUGAAGGAGCCAAGAUCUCUCCAGGGGACGCCCCGCGUGGGCCAGGCAAGGGCGAACCGCAAGCCCGUGCCGAGUAUGUUGGGCUUGACGGCGCAGAGCGUGACGAAUUGA